UAUGAUAUGGACAAAUGUUUGUAAAGCUCAUACAGGUGUUAAUAGGCAUGAACACGUGAGCUUCGCAACACGUGUAUCAGUGUACUAUACAAACAGCAGUGUUGUGCGCGUCAGAAACAUUAUAGCAAGCACAGUAUUGAGAUCAAAUCAAGUUUGUACGAACUUAUAAUGAAAAAUAUUUAUUAAAAUAGAAAAUCCGUGUUUGAUUUCGAAAGUGACAUGUGAAAUAAGAUUUUUCAACGAUAGAAAUAAAGAUAAAAAAAUAUAAAAAAAUAUAAAGUUUUGUUGUUUCGUUUCGAUCGAGUAAUAAAAUAAAUAGCUUUUAAUAACUGUGAUUAAUCAUUGAACAGUGAUUCAGAAAGAAGAAACACUUAUAAUAUGAUAUUAAAAUUUGAUAAAUUAUAAAAUUUGUUGCAUAAAAUAUUUCCUGACAAGGAAUAAUUUAAAACAGUAAUUUAAAACAGUUACUUUUAGAUGCAAAGUGAUAUUAAUGAUAAUGACGAAUUGAAUGCUAACAGUGGACUAUUACAGAAGUAAAUGGGUUUCACUUUUAAAGAACACAAAAUAUCUUAUUCUCAAAAAGCUUUUAUCGUUUUUGAGGAACAUAAAAUUUAAUCAUAACCGGAAUAAUAGAUCUUUCUAAUGCAGAGAUUUAAAGUGAUUAUAAUUCUUUUAUGAAAGCUUCAAAAGUUUCAAAAAGAUUUUUUUUUCUUUAAUAAGUUAUUAAUUAAACUAUAAAAAUAAUAUAAAAUUAACGUUUGACAUAAAUUGGACCAUAUUGAGAAAGAAUAAGAAUAAUUGAAUUCGAGAGGAAUAAAUUUCUAUGCAAAGAGUGAAAAUUUAAGCUAUGAUCACUUUAAGAAAUUACACGUGAUCUACAAAUGCAAACACGUGAAUAGUUAGUUAACCAAGGAACAUUUUAUUGAAGUCCAUGACCGCUUUCUGUGGGUAACGAUCCUUUUACUGGAUAUACGAUGAAAGCGUACUGCACAUAUACUUUUAAAGUAUGCAGCAACUAUCGAUGCAUGCCUAGCACGUGUAUGUCCUAGUCACUAGACUCUCCGUCUCGGCCCAAUUCGAUCAAUGUUGCCUCUUGCACAAUAAUUUUACAACAGCCUUUCCAAUCGUCCUUUCGCUUUUUCUCACUGCCUCCUUAGAGGACCACGAUCUUGCUUCGACUCUGAGUCUUGAUGUUGCGUUCCUCGACGUUAUACUCCCUUCGUUCCACAAGUUUUUGAGAAAUUAUUAAAAGUUAUUUAUUGUCGAAAUUAUUCUGCACGUUAACGCUGAUUAUAUUCUGAGAAAUCUUUUAUAGUUUGCAAUUUCUACGGCUGUUUUUACACCCAAUUAUGUAAAUUGUUGGAAUUGAUAAGAUGUUGGCACUAAUGAAUACUGCAAAACUUGACUUUUUGGAUAUCGCCAAUGAUAAAUUUAAAACCAUUAUGAAAAUAUCAAAUAAUGACUCGAUCGAACAAAAGAAAAAUCGUCCUGGAAAUGAUGAGGAUUCUUCAAAAACUUUACAACUUUUACGUAUUAAAGGAUUCCCCCGAUUGUUACCUGAAGGAAUUGAAGCAUUGGUUAAUUAUUGCUGUUACCUGCAAGAAUUAUCAUUGUCUUAUUCAUUGCUUAGUGACGAAUUACUAUUAGCUUUGAGUUCCGAAAAACAAGUGCAAUUGGAAACCCUACGAUUGGAAGUACAUCCAGAAACAAAACCACUUCCACGAGUGAGCGAUAAAGCUUGGUUUUCAUUUUCCAAUCAUUUGCCGAAUAUAAAUCUUGUGCUAUUAUCUUAUAUGACGAAUGAAGAUGAUCAAAGUCCAUUAUUCGCACCGUAUGUUCCUAUAACGCACUUGUAUUUUGGAGAAACUCCAUCGGAAACAAUGAUAUUACAUAUCGGAUAUCAAUGCCCCCGUUUGGUUGAACUAGUGAUUGCAGCUUAUGGUUCCGGUUUACUUGAUCGUGCAUUACUCUUUGUCGCUGAACAUUGUCCACGUUUAAGUGCUGUGGCUUUGGGUGAUUGUGAAAUCACUUGCUCAGGAUUAUUGGAAUUUGUUACACUCUGUGCAAAACGUUUACAAAUACUGUAUAUUUGGGAAACGUCAUUAAUAGAAGAUUCUGAACUAGACAUCACAACACUAUCGAAGAAUGUAUCGUUGCUUCUUGGUCGUACUUGGGUACCUGAAUAUAUACCACUAUGUUGAAAUUUUAAAAAAUGAUAUAAGCAAUUAAAAUAAUAAUUGAUGGUAAUUUGCGCGUAGAUUAAAAAUAUUUGCAUAAGUAAUAAAUUAGACUUUACGAAUAUAUGUAUAUUAUUUAUCUUCUGCCAAUUUUUAUAUACAGAAAAAUGUAAGAAAUUAUAAUUUAUAGUAUUGAUUAAUAUUAUUUAAUUGUAGAUUUUUAAUAAUUUUAAGAUAGAUCUUUCAAAAAAAAAUUUUUUUCGAUAUAAAAAUUGCAUAAGAAAUGUCUAUAUUUUUUAAUAGAUGUAUUAUUGAAACAAUAUAAUGAUUGUAAGAAGAAGAAGAACAAGAAAAUUAUAAUUAUAGUUUUGUUUGUUUUGUUGUAUCGAUUCAACGUAUUGAUGAAUCGGAUACGAAUUAUAUAUAUGAAAAAAAAGAAUGCAAAAAGCCUCGUAUUGUAAAAAUUGCUCGUGUCUAUUAAUACCAAAAAUAUAAACUUUAUUAGAUUAUAAUGAUAUAUCUUGUAUGUGAUAUAUAUAAAAUAAAAUAAUACCACUAUGUAUUUAUCUUCGCUCAUGAUAGAUAUGUAUAAUAUAUAAUAAUUGAUAUAGUCUAUAAUUGUAAUAUAACAGAGUAUGUACAUUAUUUCUACAUAACACAAUAAAUGAUUGGGUAUACUUAAUAA